AUGUAAGCAAAUCAAAAUCAUUUCUGACAUAACACUCCAAUAGUUUGUUAAUUAUGUCGGUUAGGAUAUUCAUUCUUUUCACGAUUUUGCUCACGCGUUAUUCGUUACAAGAAACAGAUAAAUUAUCAGAGUCAGUGAAACCCGAAAAUUAUAAAAUUCGAAUUCGACCCUUGAUUGAUGAGUUAAAAUUCGAAGGUAUCGUUGAUAUUGUGGUGGAAUGUAAGGAGGACACAAAUGAGGUAACCUUGCAUGCUGAGAAAUUCAACUUUGGUUCGGAGAAUAUAACAGUGACAUAUAUAGAAACAUCAGAAAAAAUUCAUGUGGAGAACAUCAAUACGGAAAAAAAUCAUUUACUUCGAAUGACUCUUAAAAAUCAUCUAUUAAAAAACAAGAAAUAUAAUAUUCAUAUUGAAUAUACAGGUGAAAUGAAUCUGGAUCCACGUGGAUUUCACAUUGAUCAUUACGAUGACAAAGAGGGAAAAGAACACAGCAUAGCAGUUGCGUUUUUCGAACCAACUUGGGCACGACAAGCAUUUCCUUGUUUUGAUCUGCCUCACCUGAAAGCCACUUUCGAAAUAACGGUUGGUCGAAAAGAAAAAUUAUUCAGUAUUAGCAACAUGCCACUGGCGAAAUCCGAACCAAUCAAAGGAAAGGAAGGCUGGUUUUGGGAUCACUUCGAAAAAACAUUACCCAUGUCCACAUAUUUAGUAUCCUUCGCGGUUUUAGAUGAAGGAAUGAAGAAAAUUUCGUCUGGUAAAAUCAGUUAUUGGUUUCCACCAUUCCCGAAAUUCAAUGAAGAAUCAGUAUUAAAAAAGACGCAGGAAAUGUUGUCUUUUCUUGAAGAAUAUUUCAGUAUGAAAUAUGAGCUACCGAAAUUGGAUUUUCUCGUUGUGAAUAGUUAUCCAGUACAUGCAGUUGCUAUAGAGUGUUGGGGAUUAGUCAUCGUCCGAUCAAGUGUUCUAGUAGAAGAUGAAGAAUCUAUUAUAGAAACAGUUGCCCACGAGAUGAUCCACCAAUGGAUUGGCAAUAUUAUUACAAUGAAAUGUUUCGGAGAACUUUGGCUCAAAGAAGGGACAACAACAUAUUUUACACAAAUUACUAAAAAUAUUUUUUCAGAUGGUCAAACCUUAGAUAUCGAUAUCGCAAAUCAUCUCGUCUUAGUUCUGAAAAAUCAUUUAUCUCAUCAACUGAGCAAAAGUGACUGUUCUGAAGAUAUUGAAGAUAUUCUAGAUGUUUAUGUUUUAAAUACAUAUAUCAAAGGUGCUUUAUUCACAAGAAUGAUUGAAUCAGCUCUGGGUUUGGAGGAUUUCCGGAAAACUGCUAAUUUAAUUCUAACGAAACAUAAGUAUCAUAAUUUCGAUGAGAAUGAUCUAUGGGCAGCAUUAAAAAAUACAACUCCAUCCGAAAAUUUUCCCCGAGAACUCAAUAUUGAUAUUGUUAUGAAAUCAUGGACGAAACAAGAUGGAUUUCCUCUAGUUACUGUAUUAAGAGAUUACGAUACAGGGAUUACCACAGUGACACAACGAAAAUUCUACUCUAUUAAUCCCGAUGACGAUACGACACAAUGCUGGUGGAUACCAUUAUCUUAUACUACAAAGUCUGAUUUUCAUAACAGUACAACAGCUAAACUCUGGAUGGAGUGUCCUAAAAAACAAAUAAUUAUAAGUGACGUAAGAUCAUCCGAUUGGAUUUUAAUGAACCUUCAAUCGACUGGUUUUUUUAUAGUUAAGUAUGAUGAUGAUAACUGGAAACUUAUCACCCAAACUUUGAAUGAUGAAAAAUCUUUCGAAGUUAUACCAUUUUGGAAUAGAUUCAGACUUAUUCUUGAUACAAUUAUUCUCACUGAUUUCGGGCUCAGCACUCAUGAAUCACUUUUGACCACUCUGUUGUAUCUGAAACACGAGAAUGAAUUGGUAGUUUGGGUUGCUGCGUUGAAUUAUUUCUCCAAAAUAGAUUGGCUAGAAAAUGAGAUUAUUGAAUUAAAAAAUGAAUACAUGAAAUUAUUAGUUCAACCGCACUUUUCCAAGGAUCUAUUCAAUUCGACAAAACCUUCUUCGAAAAAGAAUAAAUUCAAUAAACUUAUUAUAAAAGAAGCCUGUUCAUCUGGUAUUGCAGAAUGUAUACAAGAAUAUUCGCGAAUUUUCGAUGAUUUCAAGGCUUCAUUUCCAAAUGUGAGUUCAUUAAAUACCUCACUUCUAGGAGACAUUCUUUGUUUUGCUGUACGAACUGGACCUGAAGAGAAUAAACAAUUCCUUACAGAUAUAUUACCUCAAACCGUAGAUAAUGAUCAGCUCAUGAUGCAAAUUUACAAUAGUCUGACCAACCCUUCAUGCUCCAAAACUCCAAUAACUCCAAUCGAGCACAUAAACCGAAAAAUUGCCUCAACAUUUAUCAACAAACCUCCACAACGAAGACAGAGAUUAGGCCUUCAGGGUGAUGUUAUGUUAUUUGAUAUCAUGUCAAAUUCUUCCCUACAGAACUUUUUGGAUAAACCAUAUAGUUCAUGGACACUCGUAGACAUGCUUAGUGUUCUUGCCGAUUAUGUUCACGAUGGAAGCGAACGAAAACGGUUAGAAGAUUUUUUUGAGAACAAUAAAGAUGAACUUAUUCGACACAAAAAAUCAACAGACGAAAUAAUAAGGAAAAUAAGGAGAAAUGAAGAAUGGAAGAAAAAUUAUUCAAAAGUUAUCAAAGACGCUCUGGUGAAAAUUUUAGGGAGAUCACUUAAGGUACCAAGUACAAGUUCUACAACAUCCGAAGUUUUUGUUUCAGAAAAUACUCCUGAGCCUUUGAGGUAUUUUGAUUAUGAUUCAAAAUCCUCAAAGUUUCAAAACAGACUUAUUCGUCCCGUAGUAAUUUUCAUUUGUUUUAUUCUUUUUUUCGAAUAAAGUUAAUACUGUAUGCAUAAUGAA